AUGUCUGUUUUUAUCACCGCAGAGAUGAGCAGCUACUGCGUGACUCUGGCUGAGGUCCUGCAGGCAAAGGGAUGUGCUCUGGAGGAACAGGACAUAUGGGCACUCUUACUCCUGGCCACAGAGCAGCUUCUUAAGGACCUCCACAAAGAUCAUAUUAUCUCAGUAAUUUGCCCAGGGUCAGUGUUGCUGUCAGCUGGAGGAGGUUUGUCUUUCCAAGACAUUGCAUCUCACUCAGAGAUUGCCCUAUUCUGCGCACCAGAAUUGCUCCAUAAAACCAAGCAUGUUGGAAUAACACAGGUGCUGCUAUAUUCAUUAGGAAUGACCCUCUACUGGGCAGCUGAUUAUCAGAUUCCCCCAAGCCAGUCCCUUCAGAUGAGCAAUCAGUUGCAUAACCUUCUGCUGACAUUGUGUGAAGAUCAGCCACAUAAAAGACUUUCCCCAGAAUCCAUUUUGGAGGCCUGCAUAGAACAUCAAAAGGAAUCAUCCUCUUCUCCAGCAGCCAUUUACAUAAAGGGACUGGUCAGACUUGUACUGGGAAGCAUCACUGAGGUGGAACAGGCAGUUACUGAAGACAGCAAAGCUAUUCAGCUUAAAAGGAGUCAUGUGAUAAGAAAAAGACUACACAAGAAAACAUCUGAAAGCAUCUCAGCUCUGCCCCCUCAGCUGAAUUUUCAACAAGGCUCCAGGUUAAUGAAUUGUAGUCGGUCUGCAGAGGAUUACAGACAACUUGUUGUGGAUUAUAGUGACUUGAACGGGAUUUCAGAAAGUACUUCUUUGAUAUUAUCUAACCAGGGACUGAGAAGAGGCAGACCUCUACCAGCACAGAGGUCAUGGGACCCAUGCCUGAAUGGUUUGAGGACACAAAGUGGCUCCAAACUCUUCAAUAACAGAUCGGCCAGUGCUAUGGAUGAAAUGCCUACCAGUACUCAGAAGAAUAGCAAGCACAACCUGAUAAAUUUAGAUUCUACCUUCUCUGUGUCUGCAAAGGACUCCUCAGCAGCUGCUGCAUCUCAGAGAUGUUUGUUCAAAAGAAAAUAUAAGUUUUCAGGUCCAGAAUUUAUCAUUCUCUCCAGGGAACCACCAGUGACCUUGCAUCUACCUGGAUCAAUUGUGACUAAGAAGGGAAAAUCCUAUAUGUCUCAAAGGGAUCUCAGCAUCAUUCUGCUCAAUGGGCAGUGCCUAGAGGUCAAAUGUGACAUCAAGUCUAAGGCAAGAGAUAUCUUCAGUAUGGUCAUGGCAUAUACAAAUCUACCGGAACACUUCUACUUCGGCUUAGCUUACUUGAAAGGUAAAGAGUUUUUCUUUCUGGAUGAUGAGACCAAGAUCUACAAAGUGGCUCCAGAAGGCUGGAAAGACCAACCCAAGAGAAAAACUUCUAUCAUUAACUUCACUCUCUUUCUGAGGAUAAAAUUCUUUGUCAGCCACUUUAGUGUUAUCCAGCACGGUCUGACACAGCAUCAGUUCUACCUGCAGCUUCGUAAAGAUAUUCUGGAUGAGCGAUUGUACUGCAAUGAUGAGAUUAUCCUGCAGCUAGGUGCUUUAGCACUACAGGCAGAAUUUGGAAAUUAUUCUCCUGAGAUGCAUGGGAAGAACUAUUUUCGUGCAGAAGACUACAUCCCUGCAAGCCGAAUAGAGAAAAUGACCCUGGUGUAUGUACAGCGAGAACUUGCUAAACUGCAUCAUAUGACCUGCUCCCUCUUUGAAGAUGAAGCUGAACUAAAGUUUCUAAGGGUGACUCAGCAGCUCCCUGAAUAUGGCAUGCUAUUCCAUCAUGUGUUCCAAGAGAAGAAGGCAGCAGGAGCUGAUACUGUCCUGGGAAUCUGUGCCAAAGGCAUCAUUGUGUAUGAUGUGAAAAACCACACAAGAAUUGCUGUCUUAAGGUUCCAGUGGCAGGAAAUGGAGAGGAUUUCAGCUCAUAGAAAAAAGUUCAUGAUUGAAAGCAGUUUCAAAAAACACAAGUUCAUCACUGACACGGCAAAGACCUGUAAAUAUUUGCUGCACCUCUGCUCUGCUCAGCACAAAUUUAACGCACGGAUGAGUUCCUUUCAUCUUUGGCAAGCUUCAUCAGAAAGCAAAUUUUUGGAAACAGAUCAAAUGAAUGCCACAUAUGCAGUUCAACAUGAACACUUUGUCUUGUCUCAAAGAAUGUCUCAUUCAGAAAAUUUGCUGUGCAGGACUGAUUUGGAAAAUGCAGAUGCUGGGAUGAUGAGUAGGUCUUGUGAUAGCAUCAGUGUUGGAACCAACAAUGUGGUUGGAGACAAAAGCAACCUAGGCAGCUCACCAUCAGGAUUGUCUCAGUCAGAAGUGCACAUUAAUUUAAAUGAAAACCAAAGAAGUUAUGACUAUCUCUCUAUCCGCUCAAAUCAGAAUAUAGCCAGCCCAUCAUGUUCACCAGUUAGCCAAAAGGAGAUUGUGUUAAGUGGACUGGAAAGAGAAAUUAUUUGUGUCCAUUUAAAACGUGAUUCUCAAAAUGGCUUUGGUUUUGUAAUUAUUGGAGGAGAAAAUGUGGGGAAAUUAGACCUUGGAAUCUUUAUUGCUUCAGUUAUUCCCGGAGGACCUGCAGACAGAGCUGGGCACAUCAAACCAGGUGGAAGACUCAUAUCUGUGAAUAAUAUUAGUCUUGAGGGUGUUUCUUUUAAUACUGCAAUUAAAAUUAUACAGAGUGCUCCUGAUGAAGUGGAACUGAUCAUCUCUCAACCAAAAGACAUGUAUGAGGAAGGAAUAAAGGAAGAGAAAAAUCUGUCAAGAAAAAGCAGCACCAGUGAGUCUGAGACAACUUGCAUAGACAGUGGGAGAAAAAGAAUACAAGGCUGCCAUACAGGACCCUCCAAGGAAAAAGACAUAAAUAUAGAUGAACUUGAAAAGGUUCUUUCUUGGAGUUUGGCACCAGAAUUGGUUAACAAGAUUUCUGUUCUUUCAGUUGGCCAUAUGGAUAUGGAGGAAACUGACUCCUUUCACUCAGUGCCUCCCACUGAAGUCAAUUCAAAUGGAAUCUACACCGUGGAGCUGGUUAAAGAUGACGGGACUUUGGGAAUCAGUGUGACUGGUGGAAUUAACACUAGUGUGUGUCAUGGUGGGAUAUAUGUGAAGUCGGUUAUCCCUAAAGGACCAGCUGAUAAAGAUGGACAAAUAAAAAUAGGUGAUCGCUUGCUAGAAGUGGAUGGGAUCAGCUUAUGUGGCAUUACACACAAGCAGGCUGUGGAAUAUCUUAAGAAAGCUGGCCAGGUUGCAAAGCUGGUUCUAGAAAGGGGCCAUCAUGAUUUAGCAGAGAGAUGCCCAGCAGCUAAUGACAGAAAGGAAGGAAAAUGUCCAGUCACCUUCUUGGCUGCUUCCUCAUCAGAUGAUCCUAAGGGCUACCCGUUUGCAACAGAUGAUAAUAUAUUUGAAGUCAAACUGAUAAAGAAUUCUGGAGGCCUUGGCUUCAGUUUUCUGCAGAUGAAAAGAGAUGCUCGCAAACACCUUGGAGGAAAUAUUGUGAGGAUCAAAAGACUGUUUCCUGGGCAGCCAGCUGAAGAGAAUGGAGAAAUUGAAGCUGGAGAUGUCAUUUUAGCUGUGAAUGGGAAACCUAUUCAAGGACUCUCAUAUCAGGAUGUCCUCCACUUGCUAAGAGGUGCUCCUCCAGAAGUCACACUUCUUCUCUGCAGACCACCUAAAGGUGUCCUUCCAGAAAUAGACCAGAGUGCAUUGACUCCGGCACCUUCUCCAGUUAAGGGGCUUGUGGCAGUGACAUUGGCCAGUCCAGAUGCUACUAACAGUUUGAGUCAAUCUGCUAGAGAGGCUGAUUGUACCUUGCCAGAAUGUCAAGACAGCCAGGAUUUUCCAGCUGUGGCUUCUUGCAGUAAACUUCCUGAAGAAGAAAGCCCACCACAUGAGAAGCAGAAGAUAGGAGCCCCACAUGAGAAGCCUCUGGACAAAUCAGCAGCCCAGGGCACAUGCUCCUACCAGCAUCUCUGGAAAUCCUACCAGGAAAAUAUCCCUACUGAGGCUUUUCGCUCUCUGGAGGAAGAGGUGAGGCAGAAUUGCUACUCACCAUGUGAAUUUGGAAGGGCUGAAAGCUCAACAUCUCCGACCUCGCUCUCAUGUGGUGGAAGUUCUGAAACAGCUUCUCCAGCUAUAGCCGCCCCGCAACCCUGGGCACCUAGCAGACUCUCAGUCUCCUCGCCUAUUAUAAAACCAAGCAACAGUGACAAUGAAUGGGAGGAUGUGGAUGAAUUGGAGGGAGAAGAGGAAGAGGAAGACUAUACUUGGGAAACUGAGAUCUCUGUGACUUUGACAAGGUCUGAGAACAAUGGUUAUGGAUUCACAGUGGUUCUUAAUAAACUGGACAGCUGCCUGUAUGUUGAUGAGAUCCGGAAUGAUCCUGCCUUGUCUGAUGGAAGGCUGAGAAGAGGAGACAGAAUCAUUAUGGUGAAUGGAGUUGAUGUCACAGUGUUACCAUGCCAUGAAGCCCUGAAACUGCUACAGAGCUGUCCUUGCAAUCUGAGCCUGGUGGUUGGACGGGGUAACAAUGACCUCUAUCCCUCUGUCACAGUGGAUGAUAUUCCUGAAAUUAUACUCACAAAAGGUGACAAUGGACAGUUAGGUUUGAAGUUGACAGGAGGAGCUAGAAGCAAAUUACAUGGUAUCUAUGUUCUUGAGAUAGUACCUGGUUCUCCUGCCAGUAUAGAAGGCAGUUUGCAACCACACGACCAGAUUCUCUACAUCUGUGGGUUACGGACUGAGGGCAUCAACCUGGGCGAAGCUAUAAGGGCAAUUGAAGCUGCAAGCCAGUAUGUCCAGAUCAAAGCAAUAAGAAAUGGCAAUCCAGUGGUUCCCAUAGAGCAGCAAAAUACCAAACACUCAGAGGAAGAUAGUUGCACUGCUGAACAAAGUACAUUUGAAUUAGCAAAUGCCCAGAACGGUAUAAUCAAUAUUGAGUUGGAGAAAACAGCUAAUGGGAACCUAGGAUUUGCCCUGAUAGGGGGCAGAAAUGGUGGUGCUCUCCUAAUAAAGGCCAUCAGCCCAGGCAGUAUCACUGAUCUUGAUGGGAGGCUUCAAGUUGGUGACAUCUUGCUAAAGGUGAAUAGGACAUCGGUGUCUGGUCUGCCACGCUGUAUGGUGGUAGAUCUUCUACGCCAGGCUCAAGGAAUUGUUCGGCUCACCGUCUGUCGAAGCACAGCUUUGCACCGGGCUUCUUCAGGCAGCCAGAGCAAUACGUCUUCCCCCCUGAGCACAGCAGCAGAGUCAGAUGAGUGUGGUGGCGAACGAGGCCUUGGAGACCAGCCCAACUUCACUGUCAAAGGAGAGGAAGAGCAAUCCAGUCAGAUGUGCAGCAAGGAUUCAGAAAGCAAAUGUAGUCCCCCCCUGCAAGAUUAUUCAGCAGAACAAGUUUAUCAGGAUGUUACCAAUGUUGCUGCAGGCAGAUCCCAGAUAUACACUGGGCAUGAAAGCAGCUUUAGGAGAAACAGCCAGGAGUCUGACUCGGACAGCUGGAACAGUGAAGAUGAUGCGUCUCGGCGGAUUUCCAAUUUACCUAGAGGUAGCAUCCUUGUGUCUGAAGAUGAACUGACUGAGUUGAUUUAUAUUAAGCCAGUGCCAACUGGGGUAGGUCUGAGGACUGGCAUGAAAAAUCUGAUUCGAGCCCUUCAGCAGCAGAUUGAGAAGCAGGACAUCUUAAAGGAAUUUUUGGCUCUAGAACACAUGAAACCACUUGAUGACUGCAAAGUUGGGAAAGCACCAGAAAACAGAGAGAAAAACAGAUACCGAGAUAUCCUUCCAUAUGAUGAGACACGAGUACCUCUGGGAGAAAACAAGGCUUAUAUUAAUGCAAGUUACAUCAGAAUUCCUGUUGGACAAGAGGAGCAUUUCUAUAUUAUAACCCAAGGUCCUCUGCCUUCCACCACAGCUGAUUUCUGGCAGAUGGUUUGGGAGAACCAAUCAGAUGUGAUUGCCAUGAUGACAAAAGAAGUGGAACUUGGAAAAAUCAAAUGUCAUCAAUACUGGCCUGAACCUCCAUGUGUCUCUAUUGACCUGGCUCAAUUCCACCUGAGGCUGGACAAUUACCAGAUCCUAGAUUAUUUUAUAAUUAGAAUAAUAGAACUGAUUAAUAAACAGACAGAAGAAAGACGGUUUAUAAAACAUUUACAGUUUACCACCUGGCCAGACCAUGGCACUCCUAAACUAGCGGAACAGCUGGUAAAAUUCAUUUGUUACAUGAAAAAAGUUCAUCAGACAGGACCUAUAGUUGCUCACUGCAGUGCUGGGAUUGGAAGAAGUGGGGUUCUACUAUGUGUAGAUAUUUUGCUGAGCUACAUAGAGAAAGAUCUGUGUUUCAACAUCAAACAGAUAGUGAGAGAGUUGCGACAUCAGCGCUUUGGCAUGAUUCAAACAAAGGAUCAGUAUCUAUUCUGUUAUGAAGUUGUGCUCAAAGUCCUGCAGAACAUUCAAGCCAUGGAUUCCCAUCAACUGCAAUAAGUACCCCUGCCAUAGCUGUUCAUCUUGGAGUCCCUGCAUUACUUCAUUCUAAAAGGCUGUUAAGCCAGCACAGAGAGGUGCUGUACUGAAUAUAUUAUACACCGUCUUACUUUCUACACUAUUAGAUUAUGAUAUUUGAAGCAUUUCUAAAUCAGCAUAAUGUGAGCUAAAUGUCACAUAGAUUUUGGCUCUAUAUAUUGAAAAAUUCUCAGCAUCACGAUGCCACUAUUGGGUUAUCACAGACAGUAAUUCGGAUGCUCUGCUUUGCAGCAUAUUGGUGGCUAGAACAACAAUGUUGACUAGUGGCCAAGAGAUGACACACCUUAUGAAGGACUACGACUAUGAUCAACUAACUUUUAUUGUAAAAAAGGCAGUUAAAAUGCUCCUGUACCAUGCAUGUAGCAAGUGGAAGAAACUCUCCCUUAAAUGUCACUCUAUACACUUGCUCCUUUAUUUUGUAUCUAUAGUCUCUAUUCCUAGCAAUGUUCUGAAGUGUUUGGAGUCAGUAUGUUUGCUUCUGGUAAUAUGAAUAACUUAGACCAGGGGUCUGCAACUUUUACGAACUGUGGGUCAUAGCUUACAAUCUGGCCUCCGCUCUGGGCCACUGAUCCCCUGCUGUUUCCCUAGCUCACCAUUCUCUCUCGUAUCCCACCACAGCCUUCACUUACUCUGCCACAGAUUUCUGUGGCCAAUGGCCAUGCUGAGGGACAAAUUCAGUGGGGAGGGGAGAGAGCAGGUAGGACCAGGCAUCAACCAGGACUAUGCAGGCAAGAGGUGGAGCUCAGCAUAGGAAAGCACUGGGACAAAUGGCACACAGCAGGCAGAAGGAAGUUGGGGACACCUGCUCUGUGGCUCACACCACUGUGUGCCACUGAUUUCCCCACUUCCUCCCAGAUGCAGCAAGCUAGAUCCAAACUCUUCCAGCCUGCAGUCUGAAAAUUGCCAAUCCCUGAUUUAUCCCAUUUCCUGGCAUUGUACCAGGUUUGGAGUUCACACCGUCAUCAAUAGAAAUCACAACAUUGAUGGCAGGAUGUGGUCCUGAAGCUUUAGUGAGGUGCCUUCAAAGCAGGCAAAUGAUGCUAGGGAAUUGGAAAGGAGCAAAGUUUUGUCCAAGCAAGAUAAACAUAUGUAGAUAUACUUAACUUUCUCAAUGUGCACCCAUGUAAAAGAGAAAGUGAUACCAACCAAGAUGAAUGUAUUUGUACAUAUACCUGUGACCUUUUCCAUUGUAGGGUUGUUUUUUUUUACCUAAUAAUCCCUUACUUAGGCCCUAAUCCAACUUCCACUAAAGUCAAUGCAAAAUCCCUUUGAUUUUGGCAGGGGUUGAAUAAGGCCUUUAAGUGAUAGCUAAUAAUGCUGUUAUAGAAUUUUUUUUUGCAAGAGCCAAUUUACAUUGUGCAAAUUCCACCAUUAGCAGAUUUCUGCUGUUUUUCCUCUCCAUUCUAGUCAACAAGACUUGCAUUAUAGUUAAACUAGAAAACUCAAGAUUUCUUAUGUACUACACAGGCAGGGGGAUUGUGAGGAUUUCAUUCAUUUAUGUUUAUGAAUUGUUAACUAUGUCUAUCAAUGCAUUUAUAUCUUAUGUUGAAGAUCAUAUUUAUGGAGGUAGAAUAAUUAUAUACCUAAAGGAAGAUUACAUUAUUGUAAAACUAGGCUGUGUGGUUGUAAAAUAUAUUUAAUUACAAUGUGUAUAUUAAAACAGCUCCCUUACCUCCAAACAGGGAUAAUAUUAAGAAGCAAUUGCCUACAAAAACACUCCAUAAACUGGAUGAUAAUACCAUUAUUUUAAUAUUAUUAUGAAUCAGAACAAUAGAUUUAUGGAACACAAGGACUAUGACAUUAAAUAUAAUUUAAAAGCCGAUUUUCAAAAAGUUCAUCAUUAAACUUAGAAUACCUGUUAUUUUAUAACGGACAGUUCCUGCUUUUUGCCAUCAGUGAUCCUGAGGUAAUCUGGCAAUAAUAGUGAGUAGCAUUUACAGUGCAAACCAGCUUCUGAUUUAAAUGCCAUUGGCAGAAAUCUAGAUUAACUCAGUGGAGUAUGUCUCAGAGUUGGAUCUAGAGGGUUGCAGCAGUACACUCGCACAUCACUUUGGCAGUGCUGCACAUGAGCUCUCAGUGUGGGAUCUGGCCAGAGCUCCUGCUUUCACAUAGCUCUGGAGUCCAGGAAGUGAGGGGGCUGCUGCCAUUCAUCUCCUCCUUUUCCCUUGCUGCUGAAUUGAGUGGGGAACAUGAAUGACUGAUGCCUCCCAAAACUGGGUGGGGGGCACCAUUUGUAGGUGGCAGCAUAGGCAGCGAACAGAGACUGCCCACAAAUGCUGGCGGCGGUGUUGGCGCUGGGGGGGUGGGGUGGCGAGCGGCAACCUCCCGCAGAUGCUAGCAGUGGCGGUGAAUGGGGAUCACCUGCAGAUGCUGGUGGCAGCGGUGAAGGAGGGGCAGGUGGCGAGUGGCAACCGCCCACAGAAGCCAGCAGCGGUGACUAAUCUUGGGGGCGGGGGGGCGGUAUGUGCCCCCCAUACUCCCACUAUGAGUCACCUAUGGUGGGGAAGGCGAGAAAGCAGAAGGGCAAAUAGUAGUUGCAUUCACCCCCUGGGCUCCAGUGCUAUGUAAAAGCAGGAGCUAAAGCCAGAGCCCACCCUGAUCAGCUGGUGAGCUCAGAGCUCACUGCUCACACAGAGCUCCAGCUGAAAUCUAUGCUGGCCAGGCAGUGAGCCCAGAGAGCUUAGUGUUUGUGUGGCACAAAGUGAGCAGCAUCACACCCCUCUUGCCUCAGUCCAGAAUCCAUUAUUGGUAUGUUUGGAUUCACACUGGUAUACAUAAGAAGAGUGUCUACCAUUUUGUCUUCAACUGAUUUUGAGCCUUCUGGAAAGCAUUAGCCUCCAUAUAUUACUUAUUUGUUUUACUGUCUACACAUUGCAUCCAGAGUAUUAUUUGCACAAUUCUGUUAGGUAUCAUUAGUGAAAAGUACAGCCAGAAGUUUAUUUCCAUUUAGUAUUUGGCCUUUCACUGUGGUUUGAUAUACCGUGGUACAUUACUGAGAUACCAUUGCACACUCUAAUGCACGAUUCACUUUUUGUACUUGGCUGAUUCAAGCCAGAUCUUCAACAGAAUAAUUUUUGUACUUAAAAGGUGUUUUAUUGGUUGCUGGGAACAGCUAUACUGUGUUUGGAAAGGCAAUCCUUUUGGCAAUUUGUGUUGCUUCAGUUUUAUUUGUGCAUCGACUUUGUAGCUGUUUGAACAGAAAUGUUUCCUGUUUUACAGGAGUAUUAAAGAGAUCUUAGAAAGUA